CGGCGGACGGACCGAUCGAAACGCACACAAAAUGAUGCGCCCACGAGCUGUGACAAGCCACUGGAUGUGAAAUAAAUUAAAACCAGCCGACGAUACCACCGGAAGCUGUCGCGUCCGGACUGAAGCGCUCGCUCGGGCAGCGUUUUUUUUUUUUCUCCCCCUUCUUUUCUUUUAUUAUUUUUUUCUUUUUUUGCCGCAGAAAUCAUUCCAGCAGAGCUCUCUCCGACGCGCUUUUAGCCGUGCAUGAAUCCCUCCGUUUGGUCUGCAGGUUCAGGACAAAACCGGGCGGCGCUGACGACCGUGCGUGUGGCGGAUCCCAGUCUGUGAGAGAGAGAGCACCUCGUCCGCGUCUCCGCACACCCCGUUUGGCACCGACAUCAGGAUGGCGUUAACGAUCUGCACGAGAUUUACCGACGAAUAUCAGCUGUUCGAGGAGCUGGGGAAGGGUGCAUUCUCUGUGGUCAGGAGGUGUGUGAAGAUCUCCUCUGGACAGGAGUAUGCUGCCAAAAUCAUCAACACCAAGAAGCUUUCUGCCAGAGAUCAUCAAAAGUUGGAGAGAGAGGCGAGGAUUUGUCGUUUACUGAAGCACCCCAACAUUGUAAGACUCCAUGACAGCAUAUCAGAAGAGGGUUUCCACUAUUUGGUGUUUGAUCUGGUGACAGGAGGAGAGCUGUUCGAGGACAUCGUAGCCAGGGAGUACUACAGUGAGGCUGAUGCCAGCCACUGCAUACAGCAGAUCCUGGAGAGUGUCCAUCACUGCCAUGUUAAUGGGAUCGUUCACAGGGAUCUGAAGCCUGAGAACCUUCUAUUGGCCAGUAAGCUGAAGGGGGCGGCGGUCAAGUUGGCUGACUUUGGGCUGGCUAUCGAGGUACAGGGGGACCAGCAGGCAUGGUUUGGUUUUGCUGGCACUCCAGGCUAUUUGUCUCCAGAGGUACUGAGGAAAGACCCAUAUGGGAAACCAGUGGACAUGUGGGCUUGUGGUGUUAUUUUGUACAUCCUGCUGGUGGGCUACCCUCCUUUCUGGGAUGAGGACCAGCAUCGACUAUACCAACAAAUCAAGGCUGGGGCCUAUGAUUUCCCCUCCCCGGAGUGGGACACUGUAACUCCCGAGGCCAAAGAUCUGAUUAACAAGAUGCUUACCAUCAACCCCAGUAAACGCAUCACUGCUGCGGAGGCCCUCAAACACCCGUGGAUCUGCCAACGGUCCACAGUUGCCUCCAUGAUGCACAGGCAAGAGACUGUGGAGUGCCUGAAGAAAUUCAAUGCCAGGAGGAAACUCAAGGGAGCAAUAUUGACCACUUUGCUGGUCACAAGAAACUUCUCAGCAGCCAAAAGUUUGCUCAACAAGAAGCCAGACGGCGUGAAGGUCAACAACAAAGCCAACACAGUGACCAGUCCUAAAGACACUGGCCCUGCCCCUGCACUGGAACCACAGACAACUGUGAUCCACAACCCCGUGGACGGAAACAAGGAGUCCAUUGAGAGUGCCAACACCACCAUUGAGGACGAAGAUGUGAAAGCCUGCACCAAUAACAAUAAAGCUCGCAAACAGGAGAUUAUCAAGGUGACCGAGCAGCUGAUUGAGUCCAUCAACAACGGAGACUUCGAGGCCUACGCGAAGAUUUGUGAUCCCGGUCUGACCUCUUUUGAGCCUGAGGCGCUGGGCAACCUUGUGGAGGGACACGACUUUCACCGCUUUUACUUUGAGAACGCCCUGUCCAAAGGCAACAAACCGGUGCAUACCAUCCUCCUGAACCCGCACGUGCAUCUCAUUGGAGAAAAUGCGGCGUGCAUCGCCUACAUUCGGCUCACCCAGUACAUGGAUACCGGCGGCAUGCCUCGCACCAUGCAGUCGGAGGAGACCCGUGUGUGGCACCGCCGGGAUGGGAAGUGGCAGAACAUUCAUUUCCAUCGCUCCGGCUCACCCAGCAUUCCCUCCCAGUAAGAGACAGAGGGAAAACCUCACUUUCUGAUGAUCUUUAAUGGAAUACUAACCAGGUGGUCAGAAACAAAAGAGAAAAAAAAAAAGAAAAAGAAAAGCAACCCCCAUCAGCAAACCUAGUGAAGCAGUCUACUAGCCAACCUGUGACUGCUCUUUGACCCUUCUCAAAGGAUACGACAUCGCACAGGACACAAGUAUUAUUACAUUUUACUGUUAUGGCAUUUUAUUAAUGGACGUCAUUUGAAACCACCGCUGGGUGGCUGCACACCGUAUUUGGACAUUAUGAAACAAGCAUAUUGAGAACAUUUUUUUUUUCUUUCGUUUGUUUUUUAAGAUGUUUUGGUAUGCAUUUUAAAUAUAAAAUAGAGAUGUUUAAAAAUGUACUACUGUAACCUCUCCCAAAAAUUAGUUCUGUAUUUUUAUGUGUAUUUCUGUGUGUGCAAUUCUAAAAUAUUUGGAAGAUCAGAAUGUUAAAUUUGAGCUUGCUUUAGUUCUGGUGAUGUAUAUACAUUGUGAUUGUUGAUAUUUAAAUGAAAAAAAAAAUCAAACAUUGAAAUUGCUAUUCUUGCUAUCAGAGGAAAUAAGAGUUUACGUAAAAUCCAGUUUAUGAGCUACAUUUAUGUUUGCUAUGAGCUAAGUCAUACUGUUUAAAUUGUCAGAUUUCAAUCUAUAGUACUGAUUUAAAUGUAAAGAAAAGCAGAGCAGCUUACACUUUGCAUUGAGAUAUGUUUGCCUUUAUAUCAGUGACAUAAGAAAUAAGAGAAUGUAGCAUAUAUGUAAUAUAUGAAAAUUUAAGACUAUUGUGUAGUGCAUGGUGGGGGGAGGGGGGCGUUAUCGUGAGUAAGAUGAUAUGAAACUAUAUUAUAUUCUGUUUAAUUUGUCGAUCAUUGACUCGUUUGCAUUUGUUAAUGUUGUGCAUCGGUCCCGUCCCAACUGUUUCUAAUGUCCUCCAGUAUCAUGGAACUGCUGUAAAAACAAUAACAGUGUUACGGUUUAGCAUCCAGCGCCAAUAUCACACUCUCAUAUCGGUGGAGGACAGUUUAAAAACCCUUAACAUUUUGUAUAAAAACGAGCAGAAAACAGGAUCAUUUUUCAUAAUGUUUGUACUUGUAUCGUAUGACUGUGUGCGUAGGGUUUCUGUUGUCAUUUUAAUCUCGUCACACCGAUGUGUUACUUUGCCAGUUGCAUAAAGGAGAUGGAGCCAACCCACGAGAGGCUCUGCCAACUGUCAGGAUGGUUGAACUUUGAGGUCUGGAAGCAUCGUUAAAAACUCUGGGCGAGGCAACGGAUUUAAGGGAAAGAAACUCGGACGGGGUCAAAUGAGAGACGGUCAAUGCUGGGAUGUCUUCCUCGAUGAUCAGCAGUGCUUCUGUCGGCCCGUUGACUCACCACCGCAGGACAACGAGAGUGUCUUUGUCAUCCCCACUGUUUGCUCUGUCUGUGGUCUGUCUGUUCUUUUUUUAAGGGGAAAAUAUGAUUAAAAAAAAA